AUAGAAAACUAACCAAUGACAAAGUAAACGAUUGAAUUGCUUGUCAUCGCCGCCGCAAACUAAAAAUAUUACCUGAAAAUUAAUGUAAAAGUGCUAAAUCGAGGUUUUAUUAAUCAUUUGGUUGAAUAAGCAAUCACAAACAUGAGUUCUAUCGGAACGGGUUACGAUCUUUCUGCCUCACAAUUCUCGCCUGACGGCCGAGUAUUCCAAGUGGAGUACGCUGCUAAAGCCGUAGAAAACUCUGGAACAGUGAUCGGUCUACGAGGGAAGGAUGGUGUGGUGUUUGCUGUGGAAAAACUCGUGACUUCAAAGCUGUAUGAGCCUGGUGCAAACAAGAGGAUAUUCCAUGUUGAUGAACAUGUUGGCAUGGCAGUAGCAGGUCUCAUUUCCGAUGCAAGACAGAUUGUGGAAACAGCUCGCUCUGAAGCAUCCAACUACAGAUCUCAGUAUGGUGCCCAAGUACCACUGAAGUACUUAAACGAGCGAGUGUCCAUGUAUAUGCACGCUUAUACAUUGUACAGUGCUGUCCGUCCAUAUGGAUGUUCCGUUGUCAUGGGAACGUGGAAUGAUUAUGAAGGCCCCCAGAUGUACAUGCUUGAUCCCAGUGGAGUCUCAUUUUCUUACUUUGGAUGUGCAGUGGGCAAAGCUAAACAGGCUGCCAAGACUGAAAUUGAAAAACUGAAACUGGCCGAUCUCACUGUCAAGGAACUGGUGAAGGAAGCUGCUAGGAUUAUCUACCUUGUGCACGAUGAACUCAAAGACAAGCAGUUCGAGUUAGAGCUCUCAUGGGUUUCCAAGGACACAAAGGGAAAACAUCAACUUGUGCCCAAGGAGCUGUCCAGCGAAGCCGAGAACUUGGCCAAACAGGCCUUGGCAGACAUUGAGGAUUCCGAUGAGGGUGACAUGUAAAUGUGUUAGAUUAUAAUAAAUUUUUACAAUAUUA